AAUAAGAUACCAUCUAAUAAAAAAAGUUCAAAUCCUUGUUGCAAUGUGGUUAACUCAACAAAAUGCGCUGUUAAACGAAUGGAUGAAGAUGACGAAAAAGAUCAAGUAGUUGAAGAUUCCGAGUCAUGUGACGAAAAAUCCACCGGAGAGCAUGUACAGACGUCAUAUCAUAAACCUAAUGGUAUAUCAUAUUAUCCCUCAACAAUCCAAAAUUCACCUUCUUUUACGCCAGAUACCAUACCUUCUAUGAAACAUAAUAAACAACCACAACUUUUGCAACUUGAAAGUCGCCAAUCUUUUUCAAUUAAUGAUUUAAUAUUAAAAGAUGCAGAUGAGAUAAUGAAGGAUCCUAUUUUCUGUACCACGGGUGAAGGUGAUAUUUGUUUUUGUGAUCCUGAUAAAGAAGGUGAAAGGUUGAUAAUUUCUAAAGAAAUUGUACAAUAUACGGCUUCAAUUUAUGACACUACUCUUCCAUUAAAUAAAUCUUGCGGAUUACAGCAAGAUAGCGGUUAUUGUGCUCAAUCACCGCCUACAUCAUCUACCACCUCAUCAACAGCUGAUAAAAGUCGAAACCAUCAUUUUGAUCUGAAUUGGAUAUUACAUACUUCGAGAGAGGAUCCAAACUGUGAUGAUAAUAAGUAA